ACUCAAAUGAUUGAAAUAGCUAUUAGCCAUUUAGUAUUUUUACCUCUCUUUCCUGUCUGGAUGGAUUAAUUAGUUUAUGAUAUUUUACAUUUCUUUGAAUUGUUUAUCAAUCUGAGUGAUCAUUUGAACUUUGUGGUGAUGGUUUUGAUUGUAUGGAAAGUUUACCCUUUCUAAUGGUUUGUAGCGGAUGAUGGUUAAUUUUGUUUUAAUUUUGAUAUUUACAAUGGUAUGGUUAGUACCUGCUGUUUGAAUCUGGAAAAUAGAGGGGGAAAGAAGAGAGAAUAUAAUUUCUUAUAUAUUUUUUUUAAUCGAGUUCCAAAAUAGAGCGAAAAGGAAUACUUAGGCUCAGGUAGUAGAGAUUUUAGGUUGCUCAUAGCAACAAGAGUAGAUGGUUGCGAAGUUUCAGCUUUUACAUUUCCUUUUUGCUGACUCUCAGGUGUUUCAAAUAGAAGCCGAGUUCUUGGAUACAUUUUGAUUGAAGGCAUUUGAAUUUGGUAUAAUUUGAUUUAUUUGAUAAGCAUUUUAUUUAUGGGAACUUCUGAGGCAGUUCUGCAAGUUUUGUCUACUGGACCUCGCAUUUUUUGUCCUGAUCCAUGUGCCAGCCAUUUAGAUUUGAAAUUUCCUUCUGAAUCCUACAUAAAAUGUGCAAAGAAAAGGACCUUGAGGCAUAAGCAAGUAUUAAAGUGUUCAAGUUUUAUUCAGAAUCACUUAGGAACCCAUCAAUUUAACAGGACAGCAGAACAUGGUCUGCUUGCAAAUACAGUGGUCGACAGAUUGCAGCUUCUGCGUUGCAAAUGCCAGAAAGCAGAAAGUCUUGGUGGUAUGACUGCAGAAGAUGGAAGUGGAACAUGGUUUGUAGAUAGAGCAAGUGCAUUAAACCUUAAUGGUGCAGUAAACACGUCAAAUGUUUUGGAUUUUGGGGGCGUUCAGAAGUUGAAAAAGGAAGAAGAAGAUUUGACAGCUAAUGGAGCAGUGAAACAGGAAAAGGAGAGUUUGUCAACUAAUGGUGCAGCUGUAAUAGAUAGAGACACUUCUAACAAGGUUAGCAUAGAUUCUAUUGAAGAUGAAGCUUGGGACCUACUGCGGGAUUCUGUGGUUUAUUAUUGUGGCAGUCCCAUUGGAACAAUUGCUGCCAAUGAUCCUACCUGUCCCACUUCCAAUUUAUUGAAUUAUGAUCAGGUCUUUAUUAGAGAUUUCAUACCUUCUGGUAUUGCUUUUCUUUUGAAGGGAGAGUAUGAUAUUGUUAGGAAUUUCAUCCUUCAUACACUUCAGUUGCAGAGCUGGGAGAAAACAAUGGACUGUCACAGUCCUGGUCAGGGAUUGAUGCCUGCUAGUUUCAAGGUGCGUACAGUUCCUCUAGAUGGUGAUGACUCUGCAACUGAAGAGGUAUUAGAUCCUGACUUUGGAGAGGCAGCAAUUGGUCGUGUUGCACCAGUUGAUUCUGGAUUAUGGUGGAUUAUCUUAUUACGUGCAUAUGGAAAAUCUUCUGGUGAUCUCUCAGUUCAGGAGAGGAUUGAUGUUCAGACUGGAAUUAAGAUGAUUUUGAGGCUAUGUCUUGCUGAUGGUUUUGACAUGUUCCCUACAUUGUUAGUGACAGAUGGUUCUUGCAUGAUAGAUCGUCGUAUGGGAAUUCAUGGCCACCCUCUAGAAAUCCAGGCACUUUUUUAUUCAGCGUUACUUUGUGCACGGGAGAUGCUUGCUCCUGAGGAUGGAUCAGCUGAUCUCAUUCGAGCUUUGAACAAUCGUCUAGUUGCUCUGUCAUUCCAUAUCAGAGAAUAUUAUUGGAUUGAUUUAAGAAAAGUAAAUGAGAUUUACCGUUACAAGACUGAAGAAUACUCUUAUGAUGCAGUUAAUAAGUUCAACAUUUAUCCAGAUCAAAUUCCUCCCUGGUUGGUGGACUGGAUGCCCACGCGAGGAGGUUAUCUAAUUGGAAACUUACAACCAGCUCACAUGGAUUUUAGAUUCUUUACUCUUGGAAACUUAUGGUCGGUAGUUAGUAGUCUUGCAACAGCAGAUCAGUCUCAUGCCAUAUUGGAUCUUCUUGAAGCCAAGUGGACAGAUCUGGUAGCAGACAUGCCAUUCAAGAUAUGUUAUCCUGCUCUUGAGGGGCAGGAGUGGCAAAUUAUCACGGGCAGUGAUCCCAAGAACACGCCUUGGUCCUACCACAAUGCAGGUUCUUGGCCAACCCUUCUUUGGCAGCUGACAGUUGCAUGCAUAAAGAUGAAUAGACCAGAAAUUGCAGCCAGAGCUGUUGAAGUUGCUGAAAGACGCAUAUCACGAGACAAGUGGCCUGAAUAUUAUGAUACCAAAAGAGCAAGAUUGAUUGGAAAACAAGCACGCCUGUUCCAGACUUGGUCCAUUGCUGGAUACCUUGUGGCAAAGAUCUUACUUGCAGACCCAUCUGCAGCUAAGAUGCUCAUAACUGAAGAAGAUUCUGAGCUUGUCAAUGCCUUCUCUUGCAUGAUUAGUGCCAACCCAAGAAGAAAACGCGGGCAAAAGAAUUUGAAAAAAACCUACAUAGUAUGAAUUUCUCAGUUGUGCAAGCAGAACUUGGCUGGAAUAUUCUCAUGAUAAGUGAUCUAAUUAUCCAGGUAUCAAUUGGUUUUAUAUUAAUUGUAGUAAGUGUAAUAUAAUUAUUUUUUUUGUUUUGAUUCAUUGGGUGGAUAAGCUGAAAUUUAAAGACCACCAUAUAUAUUGAUUUACCAUAGCAUUUGUAUGUAAAGAUCUUGUCUACAGAUAUGGGGAUAGAGGGGUAGCACUAGUGCUUACUAGUUUUAGUGAUUAUUCUUGCUUCCUACUUAAAUAUAAUGUAUGACAACUCCUUAAGAGAAGUUUGUUAUGAUACAAAGAUUAGUCUGUUCUUUUAA